CUCAGGAUACUUGAAAAACCCAAAAAUUAUGAGUGGCUAAUGCUUACACAUUACUGCUCCAAGGCAGAAAUAGUCGCCGUUUUGGUACUCAAAAUCUAUCCGGCAUUGUGUGCAAAGGAGCCUCCCACUAGUAUAUGUUAUGUUCACAUUGAGGCCACAACUGAAUCUCAAUUAGGUUUUGAUGAAUUACUAAGCAUGUUGAAGUUGGAAGAAUUAAAAUUGAUAUGUAAGGAUUUAAAAAUGAAAGUAACCACCAAAGAUGACGCUAUAAGAUCCCUAAUGAAUUUCAAGAACCGCAAAUCAAAUAUAAGCAGCUACUUUAAAGGUUGUAAAAGUGAUAAUGAGGCAAGGCUUUCAAAAAUAUUAAGAGAUAAAGUUGGACCUUCCUAUAAAUUAUCAGAUCUAGUUCAAAGCACAUUAAGUGAAUUAUACAUGCUGAUGUAUCUGGGAAUAAAUCAGAAUAUUAUUAGAGAGAAGAAGCUGGAACUAACAUUGUUGUAUGACAAAAUAAAUAGAGAAACAUAUCCAAUUGACAAACACAUGGACAUAGACGAUGCAAGUGUUGUGUUUAAAACUAGACACGAAUUUCACAGAUAUUUAACAGCAAAUGAAAUGUAUGUAACCUUCCUGAAUUCAACAGAUACAACAGAAAAGAUUUCCAUUGUUAACGAUGCGUAUUCUAAUUAUAAUAAAAUUAAUAAGGAAGUGAUGAAGAGUUACAAGUCUCUACCGGAGUGGUUGAGAAGAUUUACACCACCUUAUAUUUAUAUCAAAAUAAUGGAAGCCGGAAUAGCAGAAUUAAAAAAAGUUAAAAUCCACAUACAAUUGGCACUGGACAUACUGACCAUGAUGAUAUCACAGGACUCUUUUAGACUGCACAAGAAGGCAGAGUGGUACGCAGAAAAAGCACUUAUUUAUGAUAAGUGUAUGUCAGACCCAGACACUGCAGCACAAGUAUUAUUGGAGGGUUUCCAAAACCCCGAUUUGCCAAAAGCAUCGAUGGAUUGCAUGAGACCACGGGCUAUAAAACUUGCAGACAGACAAACAAAUAGUUUGGCGGAUGAGGAGACAAGAGAUCGGCUGCGUACCUACGGACAUCAUGACGAUAUACUGGAGAAAUGUGUCCGAUCUAAACACAUCUAUAAACAACCCAUGGAAACAUACGGCAGAGGGAAAAUAAAGUUUCAAACAAAAACGGUAGAUGGCUUAUCUGUUCUGGAAGCUGAAGAGUUUUGUCUGACGCAAUAUUUAGACGAGGGCAAAUAUACACACGGAGAACAUUGGGAGGGUCGAAUACUAACCACGUUAUUCUUCCUGCUGUUCUGGGACAUUAUAUACGCCGAACUGCGUGGCGUGCGAGGCAUCUUCCUCACCUACUACCAGAACUACCCGCUGGAUUUGUUCUGUGACAGCUUCUACACUAACAGAAAGUGUCUCAUUGACGACCGUCUGAAGGAGAUUGAGCAGGCGAGAGAAGAUGAGAUUAUAGCCAUGAUGAAACGCGUGUGGGACAGUCGCCCUGAAUAUGAAAUGUCGGGAAUAUCUCGCAACGUGGGCUGGGAGAACGUGAGCGACGUGGCGGUAUGUCUGGGAGGUCGCGGUGUGAGCGCCGUGUGCAAGCGACUGGCGACCGACUACCGGUACACACAUAGCGGCGUCCCCGACCUCACGCUGUGGAACCCGCGCACGAGACAGAUAAUGUUUGUAGAAGUAAAGACUGACUCUGACAAGCCUUCAAUAAAGCAACUACAGUGGAUGCACUACAUGAAACAAAAUGAUAUCCAAGUGGAGUUCUGCUACGUUGGAGUCAACACCUCCAGGUCCAAGGCCAGGCAGGGUGAGACCAGGGCAUCCAGCUGACGAUGCUGUUAUCUUACCGACGUAAAUGGACAUUUCUGUAUUAUAUAAUAUGUUAUUAUAAUUCUGUAAUAGUAUUGUUAUCAGCUAGAAUAUAUUUUAUAUAACGAACAUAUUGUGAUGAUUUUUUUAUUAUCUAAUGUAUAAAAUUCUCGUGUCAUGGUGUUAAACUUUGAACUCCUCCGAAACGGAUUGACCGAUUCUCAUGAAAUUUUUAGUCCAUAUUGGGUAGGUCUGAGAAUCGGAUAACAUCUAUUUUUCAUCCCCCUAAAUGUUAAGGUCCACACGAAUUUUUUUUAUAAUUUUUUUGAUUUUUUGUUUUAAUUUGUUUGAUUAUGAGACAGCAUUAAAAAUAUAUACAACUUCAAAUUUUCACCCAUGUACGAUCAACAGUUACUUUUGUAUCGCGAUUUUAAUAUCGGCAAUACAACGUUUGCUGGGUCGGCUAGUAAUGAUUAUAAAAAAAUUGCAGUUUUUGAGAUUGCCGAUAGAAGUGAAAACUUACAACUUUUAGUAUUCAAAUUAUGUAUAAUGUUUAAAAACAAUUAAAUUAUUAAUUUUAAUUAGCAUUUAUUUUCAAUAAUAUUUUAAUCAAACAAAAAUACUAUUUCAACAAUACACAGUAUAUACAUUAAACUUUUCACUAAAUCCAUUCAAUUUCACUUAUAAGAUAUACACAGCACUAAUGUUCCAAAAUACGUCAGCUGUAUAGCUACAGAUAUACUGCUAUAACCAUUUCGGUGACACGAACUCACGAGAUUUCACCCAUCCAAAAAAUGUUUAACUAUAUAUUACAUUUUUUUUAUUAAUUAUUUAUUUAUCGCUUGCGCCAGUUAUGAGCAUGUCGGUGACGCGUACCCGUAAGAUUUCUCCUACCAAAGGGUGCCCAACGCGGCUAUAGUAGUUUUCACUUCAAAAAUUGAGUUGACGUUCAAAUUACAGUUUUCACCUACGAUUUCAUUAUUAUAAUAAAAUAUUGUUAUAAUUAUUUACAUAGUAAAUAUAUAAUAUAUCGACAUUUUACAUAAUUAAUUAUGAAAAAAUAUAAUUUAUUGGUACUAGUAACUGUUGUUAUGUACUGUCUUACGGCCGUUUUCAAUAACCUAUCUAUCCUUAGUUUAACUUAUUAGAGGUACACAAAUCUAUCCUUUUACGCUUACUUACAUUUCAAUAACCUAUCGACAUAAAGCAUUGGACUAUAAUAAUUAUAAUUGACAUAGCUAUGGAUAGAUAGGAUCUUGACAUUAAACAGUGACAGCAAUAUAUCCGUAAAUAGAGAUACGUUAUUGAAAACGAUCGUAAAUCAUUAUUGAGUGGGAAGCACUUCUUGGGUAAAGGCCUCCUCCAGCUUGUUCCAUGCCUCUCUGUCCAUUGCUAUCUUUUUCCAUAAGUUUCCUGUAGCUGUCUCUUUUAUAUCUUCUAUCCACCUUUUCCUAGGACGUCCUUUUGUCCUUUUUCCUAUUGGUCCGUCCCAUAUAAGUAUAAGAAAUAUAUAACUCAAAAUAAUUCUAAUUUAGUUUCAUUAAAAUUUUGUGUGUUGAAAAUAUCUAUUUUUACGUCAAGUAUUUUUAUUUGCACAAAAAUUCAAGAACAAAUGAAUAAUUAUGGUACAAGUGUGAGCUUUACUUAUCUGACCUGCAAAGAGGAUGUAAAUACUACAUAAUAAGAGGCGGAACUGCCUGAGUAAUAAUUGAAAUUUAGUUUAGUACGAAACGUGCAGUGAUUAGAUAUAAGUUUGAAAUUGUAAUUACAUUAUAGGCGACGAAAUAUAAUCCGGCUAAGUUUGAAAGCGAAACAGUUGCUUUUAAACGUAGUGGAUUUCGGCUAUUUCCGUUUUUCACUCUAUCAAUCACUGCACGUUUCAUACAGUCGCUUCUUUCUUCGAGUCGACUAGGCUGAUACUAUCUCUCUCCCUCCAUGAGCUUGAAGCCAUGGCGGAAUGCGAAAGAUAGUGAAUAUUUAGAUUUUAAUACUAUUACGAUGUUUAGUGUGUAAGUAUAUUUGUUUAACAGAUGCAAUAUAAUUAUAAAUUACACAAAUAAAAUUUGAAAAAACAAAAUUUUAUGAACGAUGCGGGAUUCGAACGCACGACCUCCGGCUUCCGUGCCGGAGCUCUAACCUACUGAGCUAACCGUUCGAGUACCGCCUCGUUAUAAAAUUCUGUUUGCUUUGUUCAACUCUCAGGUUGUGGCUUCAUCUACAGGAUCCACUUUACAGUUGAUAACCUGCUCAACCCCAAUAUUUGCAUAUUAGGAAAUUUACUUGAGAUGUCGCUCUUGUAAAUCUAAACAAUAUGUUAUGUUUUUAAAGUGAAAUUCGUUCAUAAAAUUUUGUUUUUUCAAAUUUUAUUUGUGAAUUAAUCCUAGAAGUGAGGGUUAUCACUUUAAAACAUAACAUAUUGUUUAAUUAUAAAUUAAUUAGUUUAGUAAAUAUAUAGAAUAUAUAAUUUUCUUGUAUUUUUACAUCGAGCGAAUUCUUUAAAGGUUUUAAGUAAAAAACGGCUAGAUAGACUAUGACAGCUGUGAAAGCAUCGAAAAAAAUUGAGUUUAGAACUAACCUCUAUUUUGAGCAAUGCACGCACACUAACACAAAGUGUCAAAUAAAUCGCGAGUGUAAGACGUAGCUUGUCACGCACACUAAAGUAUUAAACCUGGCCUGUUUUCAUCGAUUGUCUAACAGCAAGAGAUCUCAACAUAUAAAUUAUAUAAAGUAUUUUAAUAUAAUCGAGAAAUUUCGCCACCAUAUAUCUAUAUAUUUUUAUUAGAAGAAUUUUAAUGUUAUUGUGGUAACAUAUUCUCAUUUAACAAUGUAGUGUAAUAAAAUAUAGAUAUUUUUAAAGUUUAAUUGUGACAUAGAAAUAGUUAAUAAUGUUAGGAUUGUCUUCGAAAUGUUUAUUUUAAAGUUUUUUUUUAUGAAAAUAAGGACGAGACGAGCAGAACGUUCAGCUGAUGGUAAUUGAUACGCCCUGCCCAUUACAAUGCAGUGCCGCUCAGGAUUUUUAAAAAGCCCAAAAAUUCUGACACAGUUGCGCUCAUCACCUUGAGAAAUAAGUUGUUAAGUCUUAUUUGCAAGUUACAUAAUAUUAUGGUUUUAAUUAAAAUAAAACAUUUUUGUAGAGUUUUGUAUUGUCUGUUGUACUCUUAGAUAAUAUAUACGUCUAGAUAGAGCUUCUUGCUGUUAGACAACGCAUCUGAGACUUUUUAUUGUAGUGUGCGUGCGUUGCUGAACAUUGAGGUUAACAGCUAGCUGCUAUUUUUUCGACGUGUUCACAGCUGCCACAGUCUAUAUAAACAUAUUAAUUAUGUAAGGUUGCUUUACUAUUGGUGUGCUUAAGUUAUCAACAAGCAAUAAAAUUUUAAGUUUUUCUAA